CAAAGAUCACCUUCCUCACGAGAUUUUCCUCAUCUUCUCCUCCAGAAACUUCGAAGUUGUAAGAAUCUUUCUCCAUUGCAAUGGCUUUCGCUAUUAGAUUCAGUGUCUUUCCAUGUUCAAAUUCGUGUGGUCAUCGAAGUUGGGUGAACAAUAGACCCUUCAAUUAUAAGUGUUGGGCGAUAAAAAUGGAUGCUGAUGGGACAAGCGCGAAGAGAACGAUGUUGCAUGAUCUCUACGGAAAGCAAAAGCAGAGCCCCUAUUAUGACAAUCUUUGCCGUCCUGUUACAGAUUUGCUUCCAUGGAUUGCAAGAGGAAUCAGAGGAGUCACUAGCAAUCCGGCGAUUUUGGACAAAGCCAUAUCAUUAUCCAAUGCCUACAACGAGCAAUUGAGGGAAUUAGUUAAGUCAGGGAAAGACAUGGAAAAUGCCUACUGGGAAUUGGUUGUGAAGGACAUACAAGAUACCUGCAAGCUCUUGGAGCCUAUCUACAAUGAAAAAGAUGGGGAAGAUGGGUACGUGUCUGUUGAAGUUUCCCCCAAACUGGCAGACGAUGCAAGAGAAACAACUGAGCAAGCAAAAUGGCUCCAUAAAAAGGUUGGAUGUCCUAAUGUUUAUAUAAAGAUUCCAGCAACUGAAGAAUCCCUUCCUUCUAUAAAGGAGGUCAUUUCUCAGGGGAUAAGCGUAAAUGUCGCUCUCAUAUUCUGUCUCUCUAAAUAUGAAGCAGUCAUUGAUGCUUACUUAGAUGGGCUUGAAGCUUCUUCCGUCACUGACCUUUCUAUGGUUCAAAGUGCGGCAGCUUUUUACAUCAGUAGAGUAGAUAGCGUAAUCGACAAGAUACUCACAGGGAUCGGUACUGUUGAGGCUCUAGGUCUAAGAGGAAAGGCUGCAGUAGCUCAAGCAGUUUUAGCUUACCAGAUUUACCAGAAGAAGUUUUCUGGUCCAAGAUGGGAGCGUCUGGAGAAGAGAGGUGCCAAGAAGCAGAGGCUGAUGUGGGCCUCAACAAAUGUGAAAAAUCCAACUUACCCUGACACCCUAUAUGUUGCUUCUCUUAUUGGACCAGAUACGAUUUCAACCAUACCAGAGCAAGCUCUAAAAGCAUUUAUGGACCAUGGUAUUGUUUCAAGAACCCUAGACGCAGAAGUCUCGGAGGCCCAGCGCAUAUACAACGCAAUAGAGAAGUUGGGAAUUGAUUGGAAUGAUGUUGGAUCACAGCUAGAAAGUGAGGUGCUGGAUUCUUUCACAAAAUGUUUUGACAAUGUUCUUGAAUGCCUGCAGAGGAAGGCUAGGUCUAGUGAAUUCAUCCCUGCUAGUGUUUAGCCUGCUCUUGCGUUCUGUAUGAUCACCAUAACUCUAAGGCCAAAUAGGUGUAAGCAUAUUUAGUUUC